AGAAUUGAACCCUAGAAAGUAUGGCUGCAUCCGACGCGAUCUCCCAGAGUGAUGUUAAAAAGCUUGCCCUUUCCUUUGAGACUCUCGACGCCUCUUCUCCCGAUACAAGGAAACCGCUCAGUUCCGGUUCUGAAAGCAGCAAUCGAAAAGGCCCCUAUACUCCUGUCUUGUUCGGAUCCAAGUUCAGAGAACCAGUGGCCGGUGGAGAUGCUUCUAUGAACAAAGGACCAUUAAGUGACAAUGAGGGUUCUAAGGUGAACUCCAAACAAACAGUCAUCUGUACUCCUGUUGACUGUAGUUCCAAUUUCAGAGGUCCAGUGGCUGGUGGAGUUGCUUCUACGGAUGAAGGACCAUGUCUGCGUUGCGAUGUGUGUUCUAAGGAGCACCCCCUUUGUGAUAUUUGUUAUAAGGUUCACCACUAUGAGCUUUGCCCUUACUUCCACCGUGUUCCACAGGGUGCAACUUUUGACCCUGGCUAUGAAAUAAUUUGUGGAUGUGGUAAUAUAUUUAAUGAGGAUAAGUGGGCUUGUACCUUUUGUGGUGGGAGCAUAGCAAUGCUAAAGGCGAAGUAUUGUGACAUUUGUCGUAGCUGGAAAUUGCACAGCACAUAUGAAUGCCUGAAGGACGAGGUUCGUGCUGCCAUGUAUAAAUCGGACAGAGAUAAGCAGCUUUCACUUGUGCGGAAAUGGAUUCCUUAUGUUUCAAAAUCAUCAUCUGGAAAGUUGUGUGUUCCAACUAUUCCUGGUUUUGUGGACACAUGAAUGAAUGCAAGUUUACGGGGUUUAGGAAACAAGAUUGCAAUGAGGUGUUGUUUGCUUCUCUGGAAAAUGGACUGGUUGCACCUGUGAGGAUUUGGUCAAUGUAACAUUAUUUGGUUAAUGUGACUUUAUGAGCAGAUAAUUAGAGACGUCUUGAAAACUUCUUAAUAUCUGAAAUGUUUAGCUAUGUACAAUGGUUUGUAGGAUUUGCCUUUUUUUAUUUGUUUUCUUAUGAGGUACUUUGGUGCUAUAAUGGUGGGUCUUGUAUCUUGAUCAUAGUUACUCGUUGUAUUCUCGUGAAACCUAAAGAUGAGGAGGUAUGCGACUGUAAUAGAAUAAGGUUUAGGACACAUACGAAGGAUAAUUAGUAGGGCUGCAUUCAGAUUGGAUCAAUUUUUUUAAAAUAGGAUCUGCGAUCCGAAUGUUUAAUUUUUUCGGAUCGAAUUUGUAUUUUUUAAAUACCUGAUCCGAACGGAUCAAGAUCUGAAAAAACCGGUUCAGAUCUUGGUUUUUUGUUUGGAUCCGUAAAGCCUGGAAUUUGAGAC